AUGCUCAAUGAUCGUGUGUGCAUCAAGUCCGGCGGUAGCUUCAGAGAUAUCCUAUCUGUCGGUUACUUCACUUCAUGCUGCAAUCCUGCUAAUGGAUGUCCCAAAGCGAAGGGCUGUCAGGGUGGCAACCUGCUUGAAGGUCUGAACUUCCUGAAAAAUCAUGGCAUUGUUACUGGUAAGAAUAUUCAACUCAGAUCACUCAAGUUGGGUGAGUUUGAGACCGGCAUCGACUCCUCUUCGGAUUAG